AUGUCUACAAAGCCAGCUAAUCAGAAAAGGAGGAAUAAUGAGAAAAGGAAGGAGAAAUCGCGGGUGGCGGCCCGAUGUCGACGCACUAAGGAGAUGCAGAUCUUCGCAGAGCUCACUGCUGCUCUACCAGCUCGUAAGGAAGAAGUGGAGCAGCUUGACAAAGCCUCCGUCAUGAGACUUGCCAUAUCUUACCUGAAAGUGCGAGAUGUGGUGUCUUUGCUCCCAGAAACUGAAUCGGAGCAUCCAAAGAUGCAGAACCCUGAAGGCAUGGAGGAGGUAUCGACAGAGCUCUCAUACAUGAAGGCUCUGGACGGCUUCGUACUAGUGCUGUCUCAGCAGGGCGACAUUGUGUAUUGCAGCGAGAAUAUUGCAGACCAUCUUGGUGUUUCACAGAUGGAAAUCAUGGGCCAAAGUGUGUUCGAGUUCAGCCACCCUUGCGACCACGAUGAGAUCCGCGAAGCUCUGCGUUCCACCACAUCGGGCCGUCGUGAUCUGCUGCUCCGGCUUAAGUGUACCCUCACCAGCAAAGGGAGGAAUGUGCAUCUUAAGUCUGCUUCUUACAAGGUGAUCCACAUAACUGGCCACAUGCUAACACCAACUGACAAGACAGAACGCAACAACAAUGAUGACAAAAAACCAGAUCUUGAUGACAAGAAGGUGACCAAGAAUGGUACUCUGGUGGCAGUGGGCAGGCCCAUACCUCAUCCUUCUAAUAUAGAGAUACCUCUGGACAGCAAGACGUUUUUGUCGAAACAUAGCCUGGAUAUGAAGUUCAACUAUGUGGAUGAGGCAUUGAUGAGCACUCUCGGUUACGAGCCGGACGAGCUAGUCGGCCGCUCCGUAUACGAGUACCAUCACGCAGCCGACGCCGCAUCCUUAGUCCAGCAGUUCAAAUCACUGUUUUCGAAGGGGCAAUGCGAGACUGGGCGCUAUCGCUUCCUCGCCAAAACUGGUGGGUUUGCCUGGGUCCAAACCCAGGCUACCGUCAUCACCGACAAGCAACAGAAGCCCAUCAGCGUCGUCUGCGUGAACUACGUCAUCAGUGGCAUCGAGUGCAAAGAUGACGUGUUUGCCGCACACCAAGUGCAGUACGCGGACUUGAAGCCCUUGCUGGCCCCAGCGGCGCCUGUACCCGCACCAGUGUCGGCUUUGAACCAAUCUGAGCACACACCAAACGGCGCAAUAGUCGCCAUCAUAAAUCCGGAGGAGAAACGUCCUAUACCUGUCACAGAGCUCAUAUUCGCUCCGCGAAAGAAAGAAAUGAACAAAGGCUAUCUCAUGUUCUCCCAAGACGAGGGACUUACAAUGCUUAAAGACGAGCCGGAAGAUCUGACACACUUGGCACCCACUGCUGGCGAUGCUUGUAUACCUCUAGAGAAUAGUCCCUUCGACAUGUUUGACGAAUUCAUUUUGAACGAUAAUUACUGCAGCCUACUGGGAGAUGAUUUGGCUAACGCGUCGCCGGUAGACUCUUUAACGCCAGAUUCAUUAUUGUUGUCUUCUCCCGAGCCACAGGAAAACGAUUCGUCAUGCGAACAGUCUUCGUUAUUAACAGAGCUGUCACUUGAUGCAUUUGACAGCAACAGAUCAGAUAAUGACAUUGAUGAUGGACACUCUCCCUUCAUCCCGGCUAGCGAUGAGCUGCCGGUCUUGGAACCUGCAGUGAUGUGGGGUGCCUUGCCCGACAACGUAAGCAUGGCAAGACCACAACCCACAGAGAUGCAAACCACCUCCCCCGCCCCAGCACUGCAACGCCUAUUAACGACCACCACAACGGGACCACCACCACAAGAUCUCAUAACCAAUAUUUACUCUGACCAAGGACUACUGCCAAUCAGGAGUGUGACGUCAUGGGAUACGGGUGUCAAGAGAGUAAUGAAGCAAGAACAGGAGCCGUGCGCAAAGCGUGUAAAGCGCAGCCCAUCACCAGUCCAGUCGACGACGCCGGCACAGUCGUCCAGCGUCCUCAUGAACCUCUUGGACAUGCAGCAGCAGCAACAACGCCUACAACAGACCCCACAAAGGCGCCCCAACUACCAAAUGGCUAGGCAACCAAUCCCACAGAAUAACAACAUGAAUAACAUCCCACUCCCCGUAAUAAACCUAUUACAAGACAUGCAACAUAAGCAGAUGAUGCGCAACAACUCUCCAAUCAUAAGCUCGGUUAUCCGGUCAAAUAUUAGCAGCCCCAUGUCCCCACUGAGUCUUAAUGUAAGCCCCAUGUAUUCCCUGCCAUCUAGCCCCAAUAGCUACACGCACAGCCCGGCAAUGAGCCCAGCUCAGAGGGAGCGCGUGAUGAGCCCGUACACUCCCCAGUCCAUGUCCCCCGUAGGUAAGUUCCAACAAUACAGCCCGGGAAGCAGAAUGGUGUCUCCAGUCGGCGUGAUGCAGGGCUGUGACCCCUACCUCAACAAUAAAAUGCAGCCCAGCCCAAGCUUCCCCCUUCAGACACCAGAAAUCUUGCUUGACAAUAACGUACCCCUGACGACCAAUGACUUCUGGAGCGAGACCGACAUCAUCCAAGGAGCCAGCGACCUCCUCACUGCACUAGACGACGUCAAACUAGUUUAG